AUGGAUUUGAUGAAAGAUUUUGUUGGUAACUGUGUAGAUAUAUCAGAUAAUAUACUGGUUGUUCUUGAAGGUUGCGUCUAUGGUGGAAAGCUGAGUCAGCUUUGUACCUUGAUCCGACUUUCCACCAUAGAAGCAACCGUUGUUGAAAAUAAAAAGUUUGAUUCUGCUUUCUGGGGUCUGAAAGUAAAGCUGAUAGAAGUCACGGCAAAAGUAUUGAAAGUAGUCGGAUAUGGAAACGUGAUUCUUCUUGCACAAUGCCGAGUAUAUUUGCUAAAGACACGGCUUCCAUACACACGGAAGAUAAAGCCCCUUUUAGAUUCCAUGGCCGACAAGGAGACCGAGUUCCCAUUCAAGUUGGAUGAACAUCUUUGCCAGAGCAUUGAGAGAGCCAUGGUCUCAUUGAUUUUGGCAUUGCCAUCAAGUGAUCAAGCCGACAUCCUUGUGAACUGGAUGAGCUCUGUGCAGUUAAGGUAUCCUAAUCUGAGCGAGGCUUUUGAGGUCUGGUGUUGUCGAACCAAGUCAGCAAAGAGAAGAUUGGUGGAGGGCUUAAACAAUGUUGGUAACACCGCUGUCUGCCUCUAACUCAUCUAAGCGUAUUUUUUGUUGCAUGAUUAAAUUUUGACGGAGGUGGAAAAGAAGCCUCCACUUUAUGUAUUUUUUGGUUGAUGUAUGGUUUCAGAGAUGGUUUUUUUU